AUGGAAAACGGGGUAGGUGCAGUGGUAGUAUUGCUGAGACUGCAAAAUUUCUGCUCCAUAUACACAGUUGAGGCAGUGGAAAUUUCAUAUGCUUUGGACCUCAUCAAAAGAAAACGAAUACUCAAAGCAGUAAUCCUAAGCGACUCACUAAGUACCCUGAGGAGCAUCGAAAACCUCUCCACCCCAAAUGAAAUCGCCAGAAAAAUCCAAAAUCAACUCAUCGACUUUACUCAUUCCAGCUAUUCAAUCACCUUGAUAUGGAUCCCUAGUCACAUCCAAAUUUCGGGAAACGAAAGAGCUGACGAAAAAGCACGCCAAGCAAUAACCUCCUCUGAUGCUAUCAUACUCAACUGUUUUACCCUACACGACGCUAAAUCCAUAUCAAAAAUAAUCUCGAUCAACUUUUGGCUACGAGAAUGGAAACAAGGCUCCUCAAAAUUAACGAAAUCAAAAAUACUAUCCUCGCAUGGCCCUCCCCACCGGACCUCUCAAGGAAAAUGA